AUGGGCGUCCCUGAUCAGAGUAUCUCCUCAGCAACUCUAGAGGACAUGUGGUCCACUGAGAGACUCACUCCCAAGGAGGUCAGCAUCGUUAUGUUGGGUACUGAUGUGAUUCUGCACAUGGAGGAGGGAGAGUAUGUGAAUUACCGCCAUACAUACCUCACGGCCCCACUGACAAGUAUCCAUACUCCUACGAGGAGGGCUGCUAGUGCAUCAUCGUUAGCUCGAGCCCGGGCCGUAGAUGCUCCUUCGACUAGCUGGGCCGGCAUAUCGAGGAGUGGGGCUAUAUGUUGGGAAUUUCUGGAAGCACUGAUACUGGGAAGAAAAAGUCCUGCUUUUGAAGGGGAAAGAAAGAAAUUCCUUAUAGACUUGGUGUUUGAGGUUAGGUUUAGGAUGGGUUUGCUGAAUCAUAAAUGCAUUUCUGCAAGCUGGCAUGAUGAAGAAACUCUAACUGCUUUAUUGGUUAAAUUUUCUACAAAUUAUGAUAUUUGUCUUCUUAUUGAUGGUUAUUUCGCUGUGCACGUGCACGGGGAACCCCGUGAAUCAAAUGAGGCUUAUCAUCAUGAUAUACCCGUUGAGGGCAAUGAGGUUUUGGGAGGUAUUGAUGCCUUAGUGGAAGAUCAAAUAAGAGGGGAAUCAAGUAAUACAACUCAAGAGGAGGAGGUUCGCACUUUUGAUAAAUUAUUGAAUGAUGCCAAACGUGAGGUGUACCCAGGUUGCACAAAUUACACUUUGUUAAAAUUUGUCAUCGAGAUACUUAAUAUGAAGGUAACAAACCAUUGGAGUAAUAAGUCAGUUGACAUGAUGCUAGAGUUUUUAACAAAACUUUUACCGAAGGAUAAUUUGGUUCCAAAGUCAACUUAUGAAGCUAAAAAAAUACUACGUGAAUUGGGUUUGUCAUACGAGCUCAUUGAUGCUUGUGUAAACGAUUGUGUGCUCUUUUGGAAGGGGAAUGCAACACCAGAUAAAUGUCCAAAUUGUAAGGCUUCUAGAUACAAGACAAAUCAUGGUAGAGGUAAGAAGAUCUCUCGUAAGGUUCUUCGAUACUUCCCGUUAACACCGAGAUUGAAAAGGUUGUACAUGUCGAGGAAGAGAGCCGAGGAAAAACGUCUAGAUGACGGUGUAUUGAGGCAUCCUGCAGAUAGUGAUGAGUGGAAGGAAUUCGAUACACAACAUCCUGAAUUUGCCUUGGAGCCUCGGAAUGUGAGGCUAGGGUUGGCUACUGAUGGUUUCAACCCUUUCGGAAAUAUGAAUAACUCAUAUAGUUUGUGGCCUGUCGUACUCAUUCCGUACAACUUGCCACCGUGGUUGGCUAUGAAGGACCCAUUUUUCAUGCUGUCAUUACUUAUUCCUGGUGAAUCACAACCAGGAAUUGAUAUUGAUGUCUACAUGAGACCUUUAGUGGAAGAAUUGAAUGAAUUAUGGAAAAAUGGUACAUUAACCUAUGAUGCCUCGACUGGUGAGACUUUCUGCAUGCGUGCAGCUUUGCUGUGGACGAUACAUGAUUGGCCCGCAUUUGGUGACAUUUCUGGAUGGAGAACAAAGGGUCAUUACUCUUGUUACACUUGCAAUGAUGAACCAUAUUUUGAAUCUUUAAGAAGUAAGACUGCGUACAGUAACCAUCGAUGCUACUUGCCUGAUGACCACCCAGAAAGGCGAAAGAGUAGAGCAUAUAAUGGCAAGCAUGAAAAACGGAAGAGAUCUUUGGUGAUACCGAUAGAAAAGAUUGAAGAACAAUUGGGCAGCGUGACGGGUGUCACAUAUGGAAAACAUCCAAGCAACAGGAAAAGACCUCGUCAGAACCCAAAUUGGACAAAGGUAAGCAUCUUGUAUAAGCUACCGAAGAACAAGGACACAGAAAAAGCACGGAUUGAUUUAGCAAAUUUAAAAAUUCGGAAGGAGUUACACCUACAGAGUCAUGGUGAUGGGUCAUUUGUGAAGCCUCCAGCUGUGUACGCAUUAUCUACGAAAGAAACACAAGGCUUUGGUGCUUUUUUGAAAUCAAUAAAGUAUCCCGAUGGUUAUGAAGCAAACAUCUCCAAUUGCGUGAAUACUGACAGUGGCAAAAUCUCAGGCCUCAAAAGUCAUGAUUGUCAUGUGCUUGUACACCGACUACUUCCAGUUGGGAUGCGCAGGAAAUUUCUUCCAACAACAAUGUUCAAAGACGUUGAAGGGAUUGAAACCGUGCAUAAUCGAGAUGCACGAAAUGAAGAUUAUGGAGUCCGUCGUGAAGGUUUGAUAAUAUUCACCGAAACUGCUCGUCCUAUUGGCCAAAUCAGAAAGCAUGUUGAGAUGUCACAGGAACUUCGUGAUAUUGCUCAUUGGUUCUUAUUAUAUAAUAGCCCUGAGAUAGAGAAGUAUCUUCAGGAACAUAAGAAUUUGUUACAAAUUCCCAGUGGACAAGAUAUAACUCAGAUACAACAGAAGGAAUUUCCAAAGUGGUUCAAAGAAUUUAUAAAUAGAUUGAGAGUUGAUGAGGCACCAGAAGCAAUCGAAGAAUUGUGGUCAUUAGCGAAUGGUCCUAAUUUGCUAGUGAAAGAGUACUCGGGUUGUAUAAUCAAUGGUGUAAGAUUCCAUACGAAGGAAUUAGACAAUCGUCGUCAGAGUCAAAACAGUGGUGUGCUUACCGAAGGGAACUACAAGGGAGAGAUGCACGAAUUCUACGGUCACUUGUGUAAUAUUUGGGAAUUUGAGUACAUGUGUCAAAAUAAAGUUGUUUUGUUUCAAUGUGAAUGGUACAACACCGGUAACACUGGUAGAAGUAGAACAGUACGAGCUGACACAUAUUGCACAAGCAUCGAUGUCACAAGCCGAUGGUAUCAAUCUGACCCUUUUAUCUUGCCUAGUCAAGCUAAGCUAGUGUUCUACCUGAAUGACACCAAAUGGGGGCAACCUUGGCAAGUCGUGCAACGGGUCCAACAUAGAGGUGUGUUUGAUGUGCCAGAGGUUGGUGAUGGAGAACCACCAGAUCAACCAGAAUUUAAUGAUGCAUUCCAACAAGAAAACAUUAACUCAGUUGUCCCGAUCAACAUUGAAGAUAUUAUUCGAUUUCAUAGGGAUGAUAUUGAAGCUGAGGUUAUUUCAAAUAAAACAAAGAGAGAUGGUAGAGAUGACGAAGAAGAUGAAGAAAUUAGCAUACUUGAUGAUGAUAUGGAUCCUGAUAUGGAACCUGAUAUGGAUUAUGAUAUGUAG